AGCAUCAACCAUCUGAAGCCUCAGGUGGAGGAACUGUCUCAAUCCUCCAACUCCGUCUACAGAUACGUCAACAGCAUCUCCACGUCUCUGAGGGAGAGGCAGGUAGUCAUCAACGAUAACAGCCGGGUGGUGAGUCAGUACACCGACCGGGUGGAGGAGCAACACGCCUACAUCAAAGAGACCGUGGACACCGUGUUCCCCUCCAACAUCAGAGUGCUGCAGGGCGUCCUGGAGAAGAUCCGUCAGAAGAUCCUGAAGCUGGAGAAGGCGAUCCAGACUCAGAGGGAGGAGUGCAGGGAGCCCUGCACCACCAAGUGCCCCAUCCCCGUGGUGUCCGGUAAGGAGUGUGAGGAUAUUUUCCGCCGUGGAGGAAAAGACUCCCAGAUGUACAUGAUCCAGCCCGACAGCUUCACUGCUCCGUACCGAGUCUUCUGUGAUCAGACCACGCAGAACGGAGGCUGGCUUCUCAUCCAGAACAGGCAGGACGGCAGCGUGGACUUUGGGCGACGUUGGGACGAAUAUCGACGCGGAUUUGGGAACAUCGCCUCCGACUCUGGGAAGGGUCACUGUCAGACUCCUGGUGAGUACUGGCUGGGUAACGACCGCAUCAGUCAUGUGACCAAGAUGGGCCCCACCGAGGUCCUCAUCGAGAUGGAGGACUGGACCGGAGCCAAGGUCCAUGCUCAGUACCAACAGUUCACAAUCCAAUCAGAGACGUCCAACUACGUGAUGGCGGUGGACGGAUACUCCGGGAAUGCCGGGAACUGUUUCCUGGACGGAUCCACGGAACUGUUUGGUGAAAACCGCACGAUGACCAUGCACAACAGCAUGAUGUUCAGCACCUACGACCGAGACAACGACAACUGGAUCCCAGGUGAUCCGUCUAAACAAUGCGCCAGAGAGGAUGGAGGCGGCUGGUGGUACAACCGCUGCCACUCGGCCAAUCCCAACGGACGAUACUACAUCGGAGGAGCGUACACUCGCCGAAUGGCCAAACACGGCACGGACGACGGCGUGGUGUGGAUGAACUGGAAGGGCAGCUGGUAUUCUCUGAAAGCCAUCAGCAUGAAGAUCAGGCCGUUCUUCGCCUCCAGAUAAUCAGAGAGCAUCAUCAACGCACACAUACGGGAAACCGCCAAAAUAAAAGACAGGAGAGGAAUGUGUGGCUUUAGGGUUUGGGGUCAAACAGCUUCAAAACUCUUUGUAGCUCAUUUUCAAGUGUGUCCUUUAUUUUAGCUGUAACCUUAAAGUUGGUGGACACACACACUCAAACACAACUUUUACUGAGAGUCUCGGCAUGUGCUGAUGUAUACAAACAUAAGCUUAAGAACAAAGUGAAAUAAGAAUUGAUAAAAAGUAAGAUUAUUGUGUCAUGUCUACAGGAAAAGAGAAGCAUGGUACUGGUUGUGAGUGUUUGUGCUCUGUCCUUUCUCGUGAUGUGUGACUUCUUCGGUGUGCAGAACAAGGACGAGUCAACAGACUGUCCUCCGCUACUCAAUAAACACGUUGAGGAACAUA